AUGACAACGAGUGAUGUGGACUUUUUAGAGGAAUGUAAUCUGUUAACAAGAUUUUUCCUCCAAAGGGGGUACCCUAUUGAGUUCAUUCAGGAAAUUGUUAUUGAAGUUAAGACAAAGAGAUCAGUAGAAUGCGCUACGACAGGAGCAGCAGAUAUUGUGUUUUUGGUAGAUGGAUCUGGGAAUGUAAAAGAGUCUGAUUUCAAGAUUGCCAAAACCUUUAUCAAUGGGGUCAUUCGCUCUUUCCAAAAUAUACUGCUGGGCAAAGACGGUGUACAAUUUGGUGUUGUGCUGUUUGGCAACAAGCAAAGGGUGCAUAUUGAGCUAACUGAUUAUACCACAGUGGAAGAAAUUUUUGUGGCAAUUCUGGAUCUCCAAACUGAAGGAGGAAAGAGAAAAACUGGAGAAGCUUUGACAUUUUUGGCAGAAGCUGUGUUUAACUCAGCAAAGACAAGAGAAAAUACAGUCAGAAUUGCCAUUUUAAUAACAUAUGGGAAAUCUUCAGACUCUGUGGACUCACCAUCAAAAGUGCUACAAGACCUAGGUGUUAAUGUGUUUGCUGUAGGCAUUCAAAAUGCAGAUAAAAAUGAAUUAAAGAAGAUUGCAUCUGAUUAUCCUGAGGAGCGUGUGCUUUAUGUGGACGAAUUUGCCUUUCUCAAUAACAUAUUACCCAAAGUAUCCAGAAGGGUCUGUUUUGCUGCAGCAGAACCCCCAAGACCAAUUAAAAAGGCAUCAAAAGUGGAACAAAAGCGUGGUCCUCAGGAUUUGAUUGUCAGUGAGGAACGUUACAAUUCUCUCAGACUGACUUGGACACCAGCUACAGGUGCUGUCACUGGAUACAGCAUAGUUCUAAAUGCGCUCUCUGCUAAUGGGAAACCAGAACCACGGGAUGAAAGAGAAGUCCACCUAGAUGGUAAUGAAAGAACAGUGUUGAUGAGUGAUCUUAAUCCCAAAACGCAAUACUUUUUUACAAUAUUUGCUCUCUAUGAUGAUGCAGUUGGUGAUCCUGUGACUAUUAAAGGAAAAACAACACCUUUGCCACCAGUACAUAACUUUCGAAUUGUUGAGGAGGGUCUGGUUAGUUUAAAGGUGGCAUGGACCCCAAGUCUGGAAAAACUAGAAGGUUACAAGGUGUACAUUCCCCGAUCUAACAGGCCUGGACUGACGUAUGAACAGAAUCUGCACUCUGAUGCUUCCUCCCAUGUAAUUGAUAACUUAGAGGAGGACAAAGAGUACACAGUGAGUAUUUAUGCUGUGUACCCUGAAGGGCCAAGUGAUCCAGUAUCAGCAACAGGCAAAACGUUGAAACUGAUACCGGUAAAAAAUCUUUCUCUGCAAAAUAUAACCACUGACACUCUCCGGGCAAAGUGGUCUACAGUCAGAGGGGCUUCAGGAUAUCGUCUCACCUGGUCAUCUGCAGAUGGUUCCAUCCAGAACAUUAACUUGGGUGAAACAUAUUCAUUCUUCAUGAUCCAAGGGCUCCAGCCAGACACUGAUUACACAGUCACUAUUAACCCCAUCUUUGUGGACACAGAGGGCCCUGUGUUGUCAGCUGUGGCUAAAACAUUGGCAGCAAGUUCAGUUCAGUAUCUGACAACCAGCAGCAUCACCAGCAACAGCGUUCUGCUAUCCUGGAAUGAAGUUUCACGAGCCACAGGCUACAGAUUGGCUUGGGGUCCCACAACAGAAUUCAGUGGCAAAGAUCGUCCUCGUCAGAUUGCUCUUAACAGUACUACUACAUCAUACCGACUCAGGAACCUGGUUCACAGCGCUGAGUAUGCAGUCUCACUCUAUGUGCUAUAUGGAUCAGCUGUAGGACCAGGCAUUACAGCAAGUGUUUGGACCUUUCCACUUGGCAAUGUGUCUAACUACAGGGUGACUGGAUAUACAAACACAUCUAUUUCACUAGCGUGGAACGUCACAGAAGGAGCAACGGAAUACCGGUUGUCAUGGAGGCCUUCAUCCAGGCCUAGUGUGACAGAAAUACUAUAUUUGGACCCAGAAACUAAUUUCUACCUCCUUGAGAAUUUGUUUCCUGGUACUCAGUACACAGUCACUAUACAUGCCCUGUAUGGAAAUUCUGAAGGACCUGCAGGAAUUCUUACUCAGAGCACAGGUAUUUUAUCAUCUCACAGACCUAUCCCAGCUGUAAAGGAUGUGAAAGUUAUAGAUUCUGCAGUUCACAGCUUAAGAAUCUCCUGGAAAUCAGCUGUUGGUGCUACUGGAUAUAAUAUCUCUUGGGUUUUAGCCGAUGGAGGGCCAGAAACAUUUAAAGUUGUCCCUGCUGAUACUACUUUCUUCGUAAUCACUGCCCUGCAGGCAGCGUCUGCUUAUUCCAUUCGAGUAUCAUCUUUAUUUGGAAAUGAAGCAGGAAUACCAGUCGUAAUCACAGCAAAAACUUUGGAUUUGCCAAGUGUAGCCAAGUUUAAAGUCCUGGAGGUUACUGAUGAUGGCGUGUUGCUGAGCUGGGAGGACCUUCCUGGUGUGUCAGGGUAUCAGUUGUCUUGGCAAAUCACUUCAGCUUCACAACCUACAACAAAAAAACUAUCAGCCGCACAAACAUCAUAUCAAGUUAAGGGCCUGGUCUUUGGACAAGUAUACCUAUUCAAGCUACAGCCACUCUUUGGUGAACUAAAAGGACUUGUAACAACACUGACCGAACACAUAUAUAUCACCAAGACCACUCCCGGGCCAGAAACUACAAUUUCCUUUACUGCUGUGAUACCUGUGGAGGCAACAUUAAGCAGAACAGUCACAGAAACGGUAUCAACUUCUUCAUCAAAACCCAGGCCGAUUUGUGGAAAGGUCAAGAUGGACAUUGUAUUUCUAGUGGAUGAGUCCUCAAGCAUCGGGUUAAACAACUUUAACAAAAUCAAGGAUUUCUUAUUCAGGGUUGUUUCAUAUUUUCCAAAGAUUGGACCAGAGGGAACUCAGGCUGCUGUUGUGCGUUACAGUGAUGAGCCCAGAACAGAGUUUCAAUUUAAUCAACAAAAAGAUAGGAAUUCCCUCCUGAAAGCAAUUGCUGCAAUGCCUUACUAUGGAGGAAAUACCAGAACAGGACGAGGCAUAGGCUAUGUGCUGACAGAGCUCUUUCAAGUGUCAACAGGGAUGAGAGCAAAUGCUCCAAAGACAUUAGUGUUGCUGACAGAUGGACGAUCUCAGGACAAUGUUUCACCUGCUUCCAGAAUUGCACGUGCUUUAGGCAUCCAUAUGAUUGCUGUUGGCAUCGCCAGUGCCGACACCAUGGAGCUUCAAAGCAUUGUUGGUGAAACCAGUUACAAGAAUAUUUUCUUUGCAAAUACUUUUGAUGACUUACCACUGAUUGAACAGGAAUUCAUACAGCAUAUAUGCUCUGAAAAACUUCUGUCAAUGGAAGCAAUCCAGACUGAGAAUGUGGAGACAGGAGAUGACCCACAUCAACAGAUUGCUGAUGGUCAGGAUCCUACAACUAAUGAACUGGAAUCCAUAAAAGAAGCAAAAGGACCAUGUCUAUCCCAUUGCAAAAAGGGUCAAAAGGGAGAGAGGGGAUUUACAGGCCUGAAGAUAAAAGGAGGAUUUGACCCACUUUCAUUUUCUGCUAAAGGAGAAAAAGGAGAAAGAGGAUUACCUGGUAAAGAUGGUGUUCCUGGGUUGCCAGGCAGACCAGGCCGAACUGGACCUCCAGGAUCUCCAGGGCUGAUGGGACUUCCUGGUGUUCAGGGUGAUCCAGGAAUUCGGGGAUUUCCAGGAAGCCCAGGUCAAAAAGGAGACAGAGGAGAACCUGGUUAUGUACUGGGAAAUGGUGAAAUUAUUCCAGGAAGAAAAGGAGAACAAGGCAUGCAUGGUGCAAAGGGUGACCCUGGGCAACCAGGUGCUGCUGGACCUCCAGGACUUCCAGGCUUGCCAGGACCUCAAGGGCCACCUGGGACUUGGGUAAAGGGUGAGCCUGGAGAACCAGGUAAUAGAGGAUCCCGAGGAAAGCCUGGCCCACCAGGAGACAAAGGAGAACCAGGAGAAACAGGCAAACCUGGCCUACUUGGACCAAUAGGACUUGAUGGAGCUCCUGGCUUGCCUGGGCAGAAAGGAGACAAGGGGGAUGGAGGAAUAGGCAUUCCAGGACUUACAGGUGAAAAAGGGGCAAAUGGCAUAAAGGGAACUGAUGGAUCUCCCGGAAUACCUGGCCAGAAGGGAGAAAAGGGAGAACCAGGUCAAGAAGGACCAUUGGGACCACGAGGCAAAAAAGGCCUUACGGGAGACAAAGGAGAUAAGGGUGAUAUUGGAUUUACUGGACCAGCUGGACCUCCAGGAAUCGCUGGACUUCCAGGACCUAUAGGAAGUAAAGGAAAUCAGGGUGAUCGAGGUCCCGCAGGUGAUCCAGCUUCUGGGAUUCUUGGUCCUCCAGGGAAGAAAGGUACUCGGGGUGAAAUAGGACCACCGGGUCCACCAGGACCACAGGGGGAGAAGGGAGAGGAGGGAGCAAAGGGUGCAAAGGGUGACCCUGGUUAUGGAAUUCCAGGACAGAGUGGCCCGAAGGGGGAACCUGGUGAGCGGGGUAAUAUUGGUUUAUCUGGCAAGCCAGGACCAAAGGGUGAAGAUGGUGCAAAAGGAGAAAAAGGGGAUACUGGGUCACCUGGAACUGCUGGAGAGAGUGGACUAAGAGGUAAAGAUGGUGAGCCUGGUGCAAAGGGAGAAAAGGGGCCAAAGGGUGAUACUGGUGCUCCAGGUGAACCAGGAGAGAGAGGAAUUAGGGGACCUUUAGGACUUCCUGGCCGUCCUGGAGAUGUGGGGGAUAAAGGAGAACAAGGCAAUGAUGGAGAGACGGGUCCAUCAGGUCUGAAGGGGGAAAAAGGAGAACCUGGUAAACCUGGGCCUCCUGGGUCAAGUGGGCCAUUUACUGGAUCAUUGGACAAUAAUGUAUACAUCAAAGGAGAAAAGGGAGAGCCAGGUGAAGCAGUGAUGUCGAAUUACAAAGGAGAGAAAGGAGACAACGGCACUCCAGGACCAAUAGGUCCUGAAGGUCGGCCUGGACCACCUGGUGAUGCAAUGGUGACUAGUUUGUCUGAAAUAAGCAUCAAAGGAGAAAAGGGAGAACCAGGACAAAAAGGGGAACCAGGUGGCAGUACGGGUGAACAAGGAUCAGUGGGGCCACCUGGGCCUCCAGGAAUUCCUGGUAAGCCAGGAAUUGAGGGGAAGCAUGGACAUCCAGGAAGAGAUGGUGAAAAGGGAGAGAUGGGAAGUCCUGGAAAAGAUGGAAAAGAUGGCCAGAAAGGUGACACUGGCCCACCUGGCUUACCUGGACCACCAGGAAUCAUGACAAUUGAACCACAUGGUCAUCAUCUUGGAGAGGACAUGAUUCAUAGCAGUACAGAACUGUCACCUUUACCCUUUGGCCCUCCUGGACCACAGGGACCACCAGGGAAGGCUGGAAUACCUGGAGUAAAGGGUGAGAAAGGAGAAAGAGGUCCCAAAGGGGAGAAGGGAGAUCCAGGACCACCAGGAAAAGGAGUGGACAUUAAGGAUCUAGAAAAACUUUUUGAUCUCUAUGGAAUAAAGUUAGCACUUUUAAAGGCACUAAUGGACAGAGUGAUUCAAAAUGGAAUGGAAGACAUGCUUCAGCAGUUAACCAGCACUAAAAUGGAUGGAAAUGGAAAGAAAAAGCAGGGUUACAAGGCUGAAACUGAUUACACUGCUUCUCUGAAGUUUGAAGUUUCUAAUGAGCCACUUACUGAGGUAGAAGUAAAUGAAAAAGACCUAAUUUCAGAUGUAGAUGAGCUGUUAACAGACACAGCAACCUUCAGCCCGAUGGCCAAGCAGAAUGUUCCAAAAUACAUACAAGAAGAGAACACAUCACAGAAUGACACUGGGAGAUUUGCUGAACCUGGAGCAUCUACUUUUGAGAAGAUUACAGGCGAACAGAUAAUUCCAUAUCAGGGCCCAUUAGAGAGAAAUACUGAAGAAGAGAACAGACAAGUGAAAAAAACAAGAAAUAAACCAAAGAAGCUUAAGAACGUUCCAGAACGCGUGCAGAGGGACAGUCAUGUCAGUGACUUGUAUAAGAAACAUGAAUUUUUCAGUGAUACCGAUCAUUUAUCUGAUGAGGGAAAACAAUUCAGCAUAUCAGAGCAUGAGGAACUUACAAGUUUCAUGAGGACACAUAACAGGAGCCAGACUGAUAAUGAAGGUGGAACAGCACCUGGAAUAACUACUAUGAAAAUGAUCACUGUGGAAGAUGUGAGCCAAAAACAUAAUGUACCAGACGUGCAUGUGAAUAGUGAUGUCAGAGAAUCAAGAAGACCAAAGAACAAAUCCAAAAAGCUGAAGGGCUAUUCAGAAAGCACAGAUGGCAGCACUGUUGACAUUUUAUCUAAAUAUGAUGAUGUCAGUGAUUUGAGUCACUCAGAGAUUGUGGGAAAGGAGGCCAGCACAACCGAAAUACAGAGUUUCAUAAGCUCCACUUCACAGCCCAUGCCUCCUUAUGUGCAUAGUACAUCAGAGGACCAGUUGGAAUCCUCAAGGCAAAAAGGAAACCAUGGGAAGAAGAAGGGACGAGUAAAGGUUAAGUGUCUUAACACUUCUGUUCAACGUAAAACUACUACAGGAGCGGUUCCUGUUAGUUUACCUUUAUCCAAAGCACUUCCUGGUUCGGAUUAUGCUCGCAAUGGUGAACGCCUUCUUCAAACUGUUCUGGAUAACAAUAUCGAACCAGCAGGAACUACAGAUUCGCCAAAUAUUGAUGAUUACGAUGAGUUUCCCAGACUAUUACGCACCGGAGCUUCGGAAGGUGUCAAUAGCACCUUUGGACAUUGUUUACCUGCUGCUGAACCAAGAAGUCAACGGGAAAUGCGUUUUACACACAAACAAGGUGACUCUAGUACAGCAAAUGUACCCUUCGAUUUACAAGGGUUUCUUAACAAAAAAUUCAGUAUGCAAUUAGCUAACAGUGAAUUGUAUGAUUCUAAUUCUGCUUCAGUGUCUUAUAAAGAGAACCUAGAUAUUUUAUAUUUUUAUGUGGACAAAUAUGAGAGAUUGGGGUGUGAUUCAACUUAUCUACAGGAAUGUAUUAAUAAAGGGAUUGUUCCUAAAGGCUUGCGGGUGUGCAAGUAUCCAAAUAGAGUAGAAGAAAAUUCUGUUUUCCACCAAGAAUUAAUUCAAAUUUUUGAUAACUGUGGAUUAGAAAUAGCUAAGGCCAUUAUUGCAGAAAAUGACAGGGUUAGGGAACAUUUAGUUAGUAAAAUAACACAAGUGAAUACUAAAAUUACUAGUGAUUUAUUGUAUAAUGUGGAAACAGAGAGAGCGAUUUACAAUAGUAUUUUCACUAAUAUAGAGAAAGAGUGUAUUAAAAAUAUGAAAAGAAAGGUCUCCAAAAUGGAGAGGGACAUUCAAGCUUAUCAGUCAGGGAAUGCAUAUCCCAAACCCAAGCCACACAAUUCAUUUAGAGGAGAGGUGGUGGCCAAUUCUGAUUUAACCAACAACAAUGGUGACAUCAUUUCUAACCACAGUCAGGGUGAUAUACAAGAUAUGGAUUACCCUUUAGAAUAUGUUCCCCCACCACGCAGGUCGAACAGGAUACGGAAUCGACCACCAGGUAGCAUUAAUCUGGAUACCUACAAUUACCUCCACAAUCAAAACCCAAGGGUACCUUCAGUUUUUGGGAUUCCCAAGGUCCACAAGGACCCUUGUGAUCCACCAUUGCGGUUGAUUGUGGCAUCUGAGGGCUCUAUUACCACUCCCUUAGCUAAGUACGUGGAUGUAAAAUUAAAGAGUUUAUCCAACAAGGGUGCUACUGUUCUCAAAGAUUCUUGGGACUUUUUGAGACAGAUUACGUCUAACCUGUUUUCCAAAGAUAUUAUUUUUAUUACUUUGGACAUUGUAGAUCUUUUUGGUAGUAUACCUCAUGAUACGGGGUUAGCAUGGCUUGAAGAAUUUUUGAUGGCGGAGGCUCCAGGGGCAGAGAACAGCAACGAGACUACUAUGGUAGAGAAAGGAGAAUUACGUAAGGUCAUUGGACAAUUGUCCCAACUUGUGGAACUUUUAACUUCCGUUUGUUCCACCUUAACUGUUUUGGUCAACGAGUGUCUUAACACUUCUGUUCAACGUAAAACUACUACAGGAGCGGUUCCUGUUAGUUUACCUUUAUCCAAAGCACUUCCUGGUUCGGAUUAUGCUCGCAAUGGUGAACGCCUUCUUCAAACUGUUCUGGAUAACAAUAUCGAACCAGCAGGAACUACAGAUUCGCCAAAUAUUGGUGAUUACGAUGAGUUUCCCAGACUAUUACGCACCGGAGCUUCAGAAGGUGUCAAUAGCACCUUUGGACAUUGUUUACCUGCUGCUGAACCAAGAAGUCAACGGGAAAUGCGUUUUACACACAAACAAGGUGACUCUAGUACAGCAAAUGUACCCUUCGAUUUACAAGGGUUUCUUAACAAAAAAUUCAGUAUGCAAUUAGCUAACAGUGAAUUGUAUGAUUCUAAUUCUGCUUCAGUGUCUUAUAAAGAGAACCUAGAUAUUUUAUAUUUUUAUGUGGACAAAUAUGAGAGAUUGGGGUGUGAUUCAACUUAUCUACAGGAAUGUAUUAAUAAAGGGAUUGUUCCUAAAGGCUUGCGGGUGUGCAAGUAUCCAAAUAGAGUAGAAGAAAAUUCUGUUUUCCACCAAGAAUUAAUUCAAAUUUUUGAUAACUGUGGAUUAGAAAUAGCUAAGGCCAUUAUUGCAGAAAAUGACAGGGUUAGGGAACAUUUAGUUAGUAAAAUAACACAAGUGAAUACUAAAAUUACUAGUGAUUUAUUGUAUAAUGUGGAAACAGAGAGAGCGAUUUACAAUAGUAUUUUCACUAAUAUAGAGAAAGAGUGUAUUAAAAGUAUGAAAAGAAAGGUCUCCAAAAUGGAGAGGGACAUUCAAGCUUAUCAGUCAGGGAAUGCAUAUCCCAAACCCAAGCCACACAAUUCAUUUAGAGGAGAGGUGGUGGCCAAUUCUGAUUUAACCAACAACAAUGGUGACAUCAUUUCUAACUACAGUCAGGGUGAUAUACAAGAUAUGGAUUACCCUUUAGAAUAUGUUCCCCCACCACGCAGGUCGAACAGGAUACGGAAUCGACCACCAGAAGGAGAUGAACUUCCUGAAGAUUCUGGAAUGAAGACUUUGAUUAGAGUUCGAAGAAUGGACGCAGGGCAGGAGGCUAUGAUGCCAGGUGCUUUGGGAAAAAAGAAGAUAGCCCAGUAUGACUAUGAUGCAACUUACCUUGGGACAAGAGGUGGAAGAAGAAAAAAGAAACAGAAUAAACGUCAGGAUGCUGAAAAUCCAGAGUUAACUGAAAAUCCUGAGAAUGAGGACCUGGAUAGCUAUCUAGAAGCUGUAUAUCUAAAAGGAGAAAAGGACCUGGAUAGCUAUCUAGAAGCUGUAUAUCUAAAAGGAGAAAAGGGAGAACAAGGAGAACCUGGAAUGAAGGGCACAAAGGGAGAUAUAGGAGAAAGGGGACAAAAGGGCGAGCCAGGAGUUGGCCACAGAGGACCGAAUGGACAAGCUGGGCCACCUGGUAUGAAGUGUUUUUUCAUUCCUAUGAUGUCGGUGAACGCUUCGGCAGGCGCUGAGCCAGGAAUUCCACUAUUGAGUCAACCAGUCAAUUUUAUUUCCAUGUGGAAGGAGAGGGAUGAAAAACUGGCGUCCAAUGAUCCCUGGAGCAGGGCAAGUACUGACUGUUCAUUCAAAUAUAAUGAAUUAGAAAGGGCUAUGAUAAAGGAAGUGACCACAUACUAUGAUAUCAAACUGCUAGAGAAGUACAUCAGCCUGAAUAUAACUCCUAGAGGUCUACGGGUAGAACGUUUACCUGCCUACGAGUUCGGAGAAGAGGAAGCAGAUUUGUCCGCAGAAUGGAAGGCAGUUUCACUCAGUUGUACCAUCAGCUGGCUGGGCAUUCUCAUUAGAAGAAAUGAGAGAGUCCUUGACAGAGUUCGUGCAUCCAUCUUGCAAUUGCAGAAAGAACUGAUCGGUGAAAGCUCGAGUAGUAUUUUCGAAGGCAACAUGAUAGACAUCAAAAAUAGAGUAUCAAAAGUGGAGUCGGAGGUUAUUACACGCAAGAAAAACAAGCUUUCCAGAGACAUUAAAGAUCAUGAGUCUGGUAAGAUUUUCUCAUGGCAAUACAGCCUUAAGAGAAAGCGUGGAACCAGACGUGACGUCAGGAGCCAGCACAGGAAGCGGAGGCCAGGGUGUCGGAUGUGGCAGAGGAUUCGAAUCAAAAUUCGACUAAGAAUGUCACACAGAAUAAAGGGAAAGGGCGCCGUUUUCAAAACAAAAGCAACAGAAGAUGACGAUGAGACAAACAGUCCCUACAACCUUGGUUCUAAUGUUUUUCCAAUUUCUGUUGUUAUGGAUGGUACAAUUAUGGAUGAUGCACCGGUAUUGAGCCAUGACAGCGUCAAUGAUUCAGUGGUAUCAUCUAUAGAAGGUGAGUCCAACCGCAUAUUAAAUUAUUCCACUUGUAACAUUUCAGCCGAAAGAAGAAAUGUGUUGCUUAAGGGGCCCAAGUUUGUUCCAACCCGUUUCCCCUCCUUAUCUGACAUUUUGUCGGAUGUUAAGUCAUUUUGCAGAAAGUUGCAUUUAAGGGUGUUUUUUGAAGAAAAUAGAACAUCUAGGGAGACGGAAGGGGGGAUGGAACUCGUUUUGAACAAUUCUACGGACUCUGUUCUGGACAGUUCAUUAAUGGACAUUUCUUUACAUCAGAAUGAUCUGGUGGACAUUUUUACAACUGAAGAGAAUUCAUUUAAUGUGAAUAAUGAUGGGUUUUGCACUGGUUACGGUAGAUUUGAUAUGCCUAGAAUGUCACAUGAAAGUAAAUUUAAUGCGCCCAGAAAUAGUGCGGCAUUAUUGUGGUUUGAGAAGACAUUAUUUAAGCAACUGGAAUAUAAAUACGAAAUGUUCACUAGAAGUAAAAAAUCGUACAAUUUGAAUAAAAAAGAAUGGGAUGCUUUGUUAAGUAUGAAAAAAUCUAGUGACCAAUUUGUUUUUACACAAGCAGACAAAGGGGGGAACUGGGUGAUUUUACCCAGGGACAGAUACAACAGGAUGGCCCUAGAGUUGCUAGAUGAUGUUAAAAUUUAUUCCAGGUUAGCUUCUAAUAUGUUAAAGGAUUUCAACUCUGCAUUACUAGAGAUUCUGGAAAGGGGGGAGCGUCUGGGUUUUUUUACGUCUAAAGAUGUGAAGAGGAUGUAUAGAAAAAAUCCAAGGAAUGCAAGGUUUUUUAUCAUUCCAAAAAUUCACAAAGACGUAAGGAACCCACCCGGUCGCCCUAUAGUUUCUGGGAAGGGUUCAUUUUUGCAAAAUGUGGGAGUGUUUCUAGACUCGGUGUUAAAACAAUAUCUACACAAGGUGCAGGCACAUGUUAAAAACACCAGAGAAGUCUGUGUAGAUGUAAAAAAUAUGUUUUGGGAACAGGACUUUUAUUGGGCAAGCGUAGACGUCAAGUCUCUAUACACAAGCAUUAACAAAUAUUGGGGUUUGGUGUCUAUAGAGAGGAUGCUGGGUGAAGGUCCAAGAACCAACUAUAUAAUACAAUUGUUGGAAUUCUGCUUAACUCACAAUUGCUUCGAGUUUGAGGGUGAAUUUUUUUUGCAGAAAGAAGGGACGGCUAUGGGGGCACCUUUUGCUCCUUCAUAUGCUAUUCUCUUCAUGGCCUAUUUCGAAAAUUCUUUCAUCUACACCAACAAUUUUUACAGGACGAAGGUGGUCAUAUACAGAAGAUACAUUGAUGAUCUUUUGUUUUUAUGUAAAGGGGAUCCCUUGGAUUUUGACACAUUUAUUUCGGAAAUUAAAGGAAAUCCCUAUGGCUUGGACUUCACUUACAUUAAGGGUGGUAAAAAAAUUCAGUAUUUGGAUGUUGAAUUUUACGUAGGUUCCAAUAACAGGAUCCAGUAUAGACCUUUUUAUAAAGAAACAGCUGCAGACAAUUUUUUGCAUGCUUCCAGCAUGCAUAGUGGGCUACUAAUAAAUGCUUUGCCCACAGGGGAGUUCAAGCGCAUUGGACAUAACAUUUCUGAUUUAAGUUUGGUGGGAAAUGAGUUUGACAAAAUAGAAAGUAAAUUGAAUUCAAGGGGUUACCCUGGGGCCAUAGUUCGUUCUGCUAGAAGGAAUGUUGAAAAGGAAGUGGGCCUCUCAGUGCCCGAAAACUCUGAGAAGCAUGAUGAAGACAUGGUCAGAAAUAGAAGCUUAGGCAGACAAGUUUUUAAGGACAAUUGGUCGGGAAAUAACGAGGCAGAGGUUAUUGAACAGGACAAGUUGUUUUUUGUCACCAAAUUUUCUUACUUUUCUGAAGUUCUAAGGGACACAGUGUUAAGUUUAUGGCCAAUGGUCUUGGGAGAUGACAGAGUAGGGAAGUUUUUCCCCAGAAAAAUCAUCUUCUCUUACGGCAGAUAUCCCAAUUUAAAGGAGAUUCUGAACACUAGGCAUUCUUCGAGGAAUAAUUCCAGUACAUCAAAGGUAGGGACAUAUAGAUGUGGUAAAUGUAAGGUUUGCAGUAAAGUGAAGAAUUUAGAUGGCACAAUGAUCAACAAUAAGAGAUAUAAGGCUUUGGAACAUUAUGACUGUAAUUCGGGAGCACCUGGUAUACCAGGACCUCCUGGAGCUCAAGGCAUUCAAGGUAUCCGUGGUAACCCAGGUAUUCCAGGAUCACAAGGAGACCCAGGAGCACAAGGCCUUCCAGGUGUUCCUGGACAACAGGGAGAUCGUGGCAAGAGAGGAAAAAAUGGAGCCAAUGGACAACCAGGGCCCCCUGGCAUACAAGGAGAAGAGGGAAUAAAAGGAAUACCUGGGGAAAAAGGAGAAAAGGGUGAAACAGGGAUUGCUUUAUCAGGUCCCAAUGGUGCAAGAGGACAGGCUGGACCAAAGGGAGAACCAGGUGCUCCAGGAUCACGUGGAUCUCCUGGAAGCAUGGGUGAUAUAGGCUUUACGGGAUUAAAAGGAGAAAUGGGAAGCCCUCUCUCUAUUUUAGGACCUCAAGGAUACAAAGGGAGGAAAGGAGAACCAGGAGAGCGAGGCCUUUCAGGAUUUGAUGGAGACAAAGGUGAAAAAGGUGAAGAUGGACCUCCUGGAGAGAAGGGAGUAAAAGGUGAACCUGGUUCUAAAGGGUCUAUGGGGCAAUUUGGUUCAAGAGGAGCAGUUGGACAGAAGGGUGAACCUGGAGAACCUGGGUUUCCUGGACUUGCGGGUACAGCUGGUACAAAUGGAAUAAAUGGUACAAAGGGGACAAAAGGAGAUAGAGGGCACCAUGGUCAAGGAGGUCAAAUGGCCCUUUUUAACAUUCCCAUCCUUUCUUUUCAGGGUGCUAAAGGAGAUCCUGGUUUACCUGGACAGAAAGGAGGAAAAGGCCAAAAGGGUACUCAUGGAUUUCCUGGUAUAAGGGGUUCACCAGGACCAGAAGGACCACAAGGUGACAAAGGCUUCAUGGGAAUUUCAGGAAAACCUGGAUUAGACGGACUUCUAGGACCAAAGGGAGAAAAUGGAAUUUCUGGCCCUGCUGGACCUACAGGGUUGAUCGGGGAAAAAGGAGAAAAGGGUUCAAAAGGAUUUUCUGGCCUUACAGGAUUAAAAGGCACCCCUGGAUCACCUGGAAAUCCUGGCCUACCUGGCCCACCUGGUCCCAUAGGGCCAAAGGGAGAUGCUGGUCCCAAAGGUAAAAGGGGAAGAAAGGGACAAUCCCUUCCAUGUGUAAAAGGAGCUACUGGAGAUCCUGGACUCAAAGGGGACCUAGGAGAGGCAGGCAGUGAAGGUGUGAAAGGAGAAAAGGGGGAACCUGGAUUAUCUGUGGAAGAAGUGAAAGAAGUGGUCAGGAAUGAACUGAGUAAAAAAUGUGGACAAAAAUCACAUUUUCUGGACAAAUCUGUGGAUGCAGCAGUGAAUAAGUCUUAUUCUGAAGCUGGAAAUGAUGAAAUAAUAUCUUCUAUUAAAGAUUUAAAUGUGAGAAGUGAUAAGGAAGCAGAAAAAAUACCAGAUGAAUUGCAGAAUAUCACAGACAACAGAACAGUCAACACUGCUCUUAAUAAUUCAAACUUGGAUAAUGAGCAGAUAAUAGAAUCAUCUGAGCGGAGGAAACGGAUUGCCCCAAGCCCAUUACCAGAAGUCUGCACCCAGCCUAUGGAUGAAGGGUCUUGUUUCCAGUAUACAUUAUCUUGGUAUUACCACAUGGAGGCAAUUGAGUGCAGGCCAUUUGUGUACGGAGGAUGUAGUGGAAAUGGUAAUCGAUUUGUGACCAAACAGGAAUGUGAAGCCAGAUGUAGCCCUUCAAAAAGAGAAGACAUGCCCAGAAGAUAACUUCCUCCAGUUGGCCCUAUAGCCAAAAAUACAAAAACUUCAUCUUCGGAAUAUUUAAAUGUCAAGUACUGUAAAAGGGCAUAUCAUCAAACUUGCAAUUUGUUUCAUAUUGUAAAAUAUAAACCAAGGUGAAGACUGGCUCUUUUCAAAAUGAGGGAAACACAUUGUAUAUAUGUAUAUAAGCAGAGUAGCAAGCCUGGCUUGAAUGGAACAAUGCAGUCCGUGACAUUUCCUUUCUGAAGAAAACUAUACAGCCAUUUAUUUUUAUGUUGCUCUGUGAGAUUACACUUCACACUGCUGAAUAAUUACCCAUGGUUGUUGGACUACAGUGGGUUUGAAAGAACAAGUUUAAAUUUUAUACAGGGUGUGCAACUGCAUGUUGUAUAUCGUUGAAUCAAAAUUGCAUCAUUAUGACAUCAUCGUGAUUUCAAAAGAAAUGAUCUGCGAGUAAAGAUUAUAAAACAUGUACAGUUUCUAGGCAUAUUAACAGUGUGGUGUUCUUUGUUUUAGAAAGGGCUACUAGAGCUUGUUUUAUUUGGAAUUUGACACUUUUAUAUGAUGAUACUAUGUAAAUAAUGUUUUUGUUGUUAUUUUAUAUUUUACUACAACUGCGGUGGAGGUGCUGUGGUAGC